AUGGCCCAACAGUACGCGUGCAACCAACCCUCAACCUUCAAGAACCACAUCCAAAACAUCGCCAUAGUCGGUGCAGCAGGCCAGGUCGGGAAGUUCAUCUCUUCCGCUCUCCUCGAGAAGAACAAGUUUAAAAUUACCGCUAUCACCCGCGAAGGUAGCACCAACACGCCGGUACCUGGCAUCCACAUCGCCGCCGUCGACUACGACAAGCCGGACACCCUCGUCGAAGCCCUAAAAGACCAUGAUGUCCUCAUCAUCACCAUGAGCGUGCGCGCUCCACCAGGCCAAUCCGCGAAGCUGAUCGAAGCUGCCGCGAAAGCCGGCGUCCCCUGGGUCUUGCCCAACGAAUUCGGUGGCGAUGGAACCAACGAGGAGCUCGGAAGAGACAUAGUGAUUGGUCCCGGCAAGAAGAAGGACCGCGACCUCAUCGAAUCGCUCGGCGUCUCCUCCUGGAUCGGCAUCGCAUGCGGCUUCUGGUACGAGUAUUCGCUCGCCGGACCGGGCUUGUACGGCAUCGACAUCGCCAAGCGCGAAGUCGUGUUCUUCGACGACGGAAAGCAGCGCCUGAACACGUCCACAUGGCCGCAGACCGGCCGCGCAAUCGCUCAGCUCCUCUCGCUUCCCAUCCUACCCCAGGACGAAAACGACAAGAAUGUUACGCUGAGCUCCUACCGCAACCGCUUCGUCUUCGUAUCCUCUUUCACGCUCAACCAGCGCGAGAUGCUCGACUCGGUGCAGCGCGUCACCGGAACCACGAACGCGGACUGGGAAAUCUCCUCGGUUCCCGCGAAGCAGCGAUUUGAGGAAGCGCAGAAGAGGAUGGCGACGGGCGAUUACCGUGCUUUCGCAACGGUCCUCUACACAAGGGCUUUCUUCCCCGGUGACAAUGCCGCCUUGUUUGAGGUUACGCACGGCUUGGAUAAUGAGAAGCUGGGGUUGCCGAAGGAGGACCUUGAUGAGUAUACCAAAGAGAGCGUGAAGCUGGCCGAAAGUGGGUACUUUGCGAAGAUUUUCGGCAGCAGUUGA